CUAGCUCGAUAAAGCUGGAUUAGUCCCAAAACACACCAAAAUCCCACGAUCAAAAUUCUACUAAAUUCGUUCUUUAUAAAAGCUGAUUUAGCAGAGCAAAUCCCACUCAAAUCAAUACCCAUGCUCAAAGUAGUCCAAACAAACCAAUAGUUACACAAAUGUACAUGAGGGAGGGGAGGAGAAGAGAGAGUUCUCGGUUAGUACACUAAAAAAAAAAAGAGGAAACUGUGAAAGUACACUAAUUUCAAAUACUUAAAGUAAAUUUCUCCAGUCGAUAAUUGAAGAAAAUAGGCAAAACACGUUUUUCAAAUAGUUCACAAUUCGAUUGUUAGAUAAUUUGUAGACAACAGAAGUAGGUGUAUAAGACCAUCCGGAUUGAUAUUUGAAAUACAACUGUAUGCUACACCCGAAUAGAAGGUCAAGUGGCGGCGAAGAUGAGAAGGAAAGUUGACAAGGUAGGGAGGAGGGCAAGGAUGAGAUAGGGUUGCGACAUGUUAAUUUUUUUUAAUAUCAAUUAAUCGUAGAAUAUGUGGAUAGUAGAAAUAUUUUAAGUUUUUUAUGCUAACUAGACAGUGACAUAAUUGUUAGUCAACGGUGUUUACCAUCAAAGAUAACAGUCAAUACCCGACUCAAGCCAAAUAAAUCAUUUUUAUUGAUAGUAUAAACCACGAUAUUAUAUAGUGAAAUGAUUGUCGAGGAUGUUAAAGAAGGAUAAAUUUAGGAUGAGACAAAAAUAUAAACCCUUAUUUGAAACAUACCAUUCAUUUUCGAGUUUCGAGGGUGGGCUGUGGGCUGGCCUGCUCCGUCUGAGAUCAAUUAGCAAUUUGGUCACCGAAAGCUGUUGUAUGUGUCAUGUUGAUGCCCUGAAUUCGUUAGCCUAGUUAUUCUGCGGGACCGGUUACUAUGACAACACCCCUUGUGUUGUUAUUGUAACAACACUAGUCUCCAACCAAUAGGAAGCUAGGGUUGUGAUGACUUUUUAUUAGAUGAGUUGACCUAGUGUAAAAUCAAAGCAGGGGUAUAAUUGUCAUUAUGAAAAAUAUGUUUAAAUAAUAAUAAAAAAAUAAAAAAUAAUAAAAAAAUAAAUUUUUUUUAUUUUCGGUCCAAAAUUUUGGUCGCCGGAAUUCGGCCACCAGUCGCCGGAAUCUGGUCGACGGUCACCGGAAUAUGCUAUUUUGGCGCCGGAAUAUGCUUACCGGCGUCGAAAUCUAGUCAUCGGGGCCGGAAUAUGCCUAUCGGCGUUGGAAUCUGCUCACUGACGGUCACUGGAGUUCGGUCAACGCUCAACGACCACCGGAUGUAUGGUCUACAUUGUGAGAUUUAUGGUUUGGUUUCUCAUAUUUUCGUAUGCCUUUUGUGGUUUGCUUUAUCGUGUUUGUGGUUUGCAUUGAGAAGUUUCUGGUUUGCUUUAUCGUUUUUGUGGUUUGCAUUGAAAAGUUUCUGGUUUGCUUUCAAAAAAUUUGUGGUUUGCAUUGAGGGGUUUCUGGUUUGUUUAAAUAUAUUUGUGGUAUGCAUUAUGACUUUUAUGGUUUGCGUUUUUGUGGUUUGAUUUACUGUGUUUGUGAUUUGUAAUAGGAGGUUUCUGGUGUGCUUUCGCAAAUGUUGUGGUUUGCUUUAUGGGGUUUCUGGUUUGUUUUAGGAGAUUUGUGGUAUGCAUUAGGAGGUUUCUGGUUUGCAUUAAGAAGUUUUUGGUUUGUUUUAUCGCAUUUUGUGGUUUGCAUUAGGAGGUUUCUAGUUUGUUUUAAUAUAUUUGUGGUCUACAUUAAGACGUUUUUUGUUUGCUUUACCGUGUUUGUGGUUUGCAUUAGGUGGUUUCUGGUUUUUUUUUUUUUUUGUGGUUUACUUUACAUCAUUUGUGGUUUGCAUUAGGAGGUUUCUGGUGUGCUUUCGCAAAAUUUUUGGUUUGCUUUGUGACAUUUGUGGUUUGUUUUAGGGGAUUUGUGGUAUGCAUAAGAAGAUUUUUUGUACUUUUUUUUAGUUUGGUUUACCGUAUUUGUGGACUGCAUUAGAAGGUUUCUGAUGUAAUUAUGAAAUACUUGUGUUGUACAUACCAAUAAAUUCCAAAUACAUAGUAUAAACACAAUAACCCGUAAAAAAAUAGAAAAGCACGAUCCUCACGAACGUUGUUGUCAACUUCGAUAAUCUUGGAUCCAGCCAAGAAUUUGGCUAGAAGAAGCAUCAUUGUGACGAUGCUUCAAGCACAAUAGUGAUUUCACCGUAAUAGAAAUGGAAACUCUGAGAUUAUUUGGAUUGUCGUGCAUUGGGCGGCGAAUCGAACUAAUUUGUUUGGAUGCUGGGAAAGUUGGGGAGUGGGGAAGAUUUGGGAAUUGGGAGAUUCAUUUUACUUGUUUUGGGGUUUAUUUGUCUCUUGCACUUUGUGAAUGUAGAGUUUGUGGACUGAAUGGGACUGUUAUUUAUGGCGUAAGAGGACUAAGAUGGUUUCUGGGUAGUGGAAUGGUCUUAUGCUUCAAUACAUGAUUAUUAUUGGCUGGUGAAGGGUUAUAAAGUAGGAGAUGAACAUGCCAUCUAAUUCAUGACCUUCCACUUCCAGGUGGAGUGAAGCAAUGGACAGUGGCUCCCCCAUCAACGGCAACAGUCUGGCCGGUAAUAUAAGAGGCCGCCGGAAGGCAGAGGAAUGCAACCAACCCUGCCGCCUCCUCCGGCUCUCCAGUUCGUCCCAUGGGAGUUCGAGCUCUCACUGCCUUUGAGAACUCCUCGCUCUCAAAGUACUGCAAAACACAACAUAAAACGAAACGCUACAUUACAACAUUUCAAUAGCUGCUGCAAAGCCAACUUCAUAAAUCUCUCCAUUCCACUUAAAAACAGAGAUUUUUCAAGCCAUGGUAUUCCACAAAACACUAUCACCAAAACCGCUGCUAUCGUCUAGAUUUCCUCCCUCUCCCAUCGGAUUCCUCCGCCGCCCGGCGAAUCUCGUCCUCCAUCUCCUAAGGUUGCUAGUCAUCACUCUGUUCCAGUAUUCCCCUGCUGCGCUGCUACGACGACCAUCAACCUCCUCCUCCUUCUUCGUCUUCGUCUUCCUCCUCUCCUCGUGCGGAGGAUCCAGAUUCAAUCCACUCUCCGCCGCUUCAUUUACCACCAACGGACCUCCCCAAGCUUUUCCAGGUUCACUCCUCUUUCCCUCUCCCCUGCUCUGGGGAACGAUUCUCAAUUUACGAAUCCCCUCAGCGCACUGAAUCUUCUUCCUGUUGAUGUGGUCUCCGCCGCCGCCGGAUUUACCCUUCUUAGGACGCGGCUCGUUAAUUGACCGGCUCCAAAAAAUCACUAUGUGGGUUGUGAAGGAGAAGCUGAUGGUGGCGGAAGAGAAGCUGAUGGCGGCGGAGGAGAUCGAGGUCUGGUAGGGGAAAAGAUCUCCUAUUGCAACUCCUCGGAAGAGCGUCGCCUGUGUCUUUUUAAUUCUAAUUUUAUUAAUUUUCUUGUAAGUUUACCCUUAUACUCUUGUUGUUACGGUAACAACAUAAUGGGUGUUGUUAUUCUAUCCGGGCCCUUAUCCUGCUAACUUGAAGAUUUGUUAGUAUAUACAAAUUAAUAUCCAAAAUUUAUGAACUAAUAUCCAAGUCUACUAAGUAUCUAGAUAGCACAGACUAGUAUUCAAAACAUCACAAAGUAGUAUCCAUAUAGCAGAUACCAACUACUAUCCACAAUCAACCAACUAGUAUUCAAUAUGGAUACUGUUAUGUGAUAUAUGGAUACACUUAUGUGUUAUCUCGAUACUAAUUAUGUGUUGUUUGGAUACUAUUAUGAGUUGUCUAGAUAUUAGUUUGUGAAUUUGGAAUAAUAGUUGAUUCAUGGUGGAUAUCAGUUAGCAAAUUUUGAAUAAUAGUCUGUGCUCUCUAGAUAUUUUAGUACUUGGAUAUUAGUUCAUGUAUUUUGGAUAUCAGUAAGUGUCUGCUAACGAAUCUUCAAGUUAACAAAUUAACUUUUCCCUGAAUUCGUUUGUGAAGCUAAACUCAAUGAUGGAUUGAUGCUAGGCAUUCCAUCACUUUCAAGUUUCCAGUCAAGAGUGUCAUAAAUCUACAAGGUUAAU